AUGUCCUAUUUGUACUCAACAUUUGCACAAUUGGUGAGUGUGCAUUGCAAAGCCACUGCUGUCUCAUCCAUUGAACCUGUAAACCAGUGUAAAAGAAAUCUACUAUCUUAUGGAUAUGAAAAGCUUCAAACAUUCACUGAUGGACAAUUGGAUGCACUAGAUCCAUAUCAGAGAGGAGCUAAUGAAUUAAUAUGGUCUUCCAUAAUGCGUGAUCAUCCAAGUUCAACAUUGAUCACUACAAGAAAACCAACUGUAGUUGCAACUCCACCAGGUUCAUCUUUAAUCGUUAUAACACAUCAAAAACCUGUAAGCAAAUCAUCAGCUCCUACUUCCACAGCCGCUACAAAUCCUGUAUACCAAUAUCCAAAGAAUCCUUUAUUUGAUAGUGAUGUAGAACAUAAACAUAAAUAUGCAAUGGACAUGGACAUUGCAUAUGGAUACCCCUCCAAGCCAGUCCAUCCACAAGUUGAAACUUUUGAUGUCAACGAUAAGAGAAAUACUCAACAAAAAACGUACUUAACAGGUCCAUUAGUAUUUCGAGUACGUCCCGAUGGCACCCCAGUGGAAGAAGAUCAAUAUAAUCCCUUACCUAAAGAUGAUGAUUUGGAAGUUUUAAGACCACUAAACAGUAAUACCAACAACAAUAGGCUCACAACGAAACAUCAUAAGAUUGCGACAAUCAGCGCAUUAAAGGAGCAACGUUUAGCUAAUUUGGCAUUACAGAAGCAACAAGAACAGUUGCGUACAAGGCGUCAUUAUAAAAUCAAUCCACCAGUGCAAAUAUCUGGUAAUGGGUACUAUUAUGGAAAAGGACAGGUGUAAAUUUAUUAAAGCAGUCAAAUAUGCAGUAUGGUAUAUGCAGUGCAUAUGUUGUA